AUGACGGUGGGCCCAACUCUGGGAACCGGCCUGUUCGUCGGAUCCGGCCAGGCGCUCGCGGCCGGCGGCCCUGCCUCGCUCAUUUUCGCCUACUUAUUCCUAUCAGCACUGGUAUACUGUGUGACGACUGCCAUCGCCGAGGUCUCAACCCACUCCGUCACCCGAAAUGGUGCGAUGUUCGCCCACAACUAUCAUUACACGUCGAAUCAUGUGGGAUUUGCGAUAGCCUACCUUCGAUGGAUUGGCAUGAGUUUGCUCGUCCCAUUUGAGAUCACUGCGGGGAUGGUCCACACUGGGCUAUGGGAACCGAGCGCGAGUCUCGCGUUGCGUAUGGGCGCUGUGAUGGUCGUGAUAUUCUUCUUCAAUAUGCUGCCCGAAAAGCUUUUCAGAAGAUCGCAGACAGUCUUCACGGGAAUAAAGUUCUUAGCGACGAUCGGGCUCAUCAUCAUCUCCUUUUACCUCGCUAUCCGUGCCAGCCAACCCCGGGCGAUAGUGGGAGGAUUUGAGUAUUGGAUAACACCCGGUCCGUUCGCCGAAUUUCUACUUCUCGGCGACCUUGGACGCUUUCUCGGCUUGCUGUUUUGCGUCCUCUGCAGUGUAGUAUCUUUCACCUUUCUUCCGGAAUUGACCGUGCAGAUAGCCGAAGAUCGUGACUCGGAGCCAGGAAACAGCAUCUUCAGGUACACCAGGAACAGCAAUGUCGUCACGUUCAUACUCUACAUCUUGAGCACGUUGGCCCUUACUGUGAUGGCUCCCUUCGACGAUCAGAGACUUACCAACCAGGGCCGUGGCGCUGGACUCUCGCCUUACAUGGUUGGCCUCAUUGACUCCAAGAUUCGUCUACUGCCGUCCUUGGCAGGUGGCUUGAUUUUCCUUUCUUCUGUGGCCUCUGGACGCACUUUUCUCAAUUUGGCUUCUCGCAUGCUAUCCUCGUUGGCGGAGACCGGGCACGCUCCAGCAAUGUUCAUGAUUCGCAACCGAUGGAAUGUUCCUUAUAUGUCCGUCGCCAUCUCAGCUGGAUUCACGUGGUUCUGCUUCCUCUGCAUGGCCACUACGAGCUCCGAGGUGUACAACUAUCUCAUGUUCUUCAUCACCACUAUCGGCUGUGUUUCCUGGUUGUGUUCGUGUCUGGCGUACCUCCAGUUCCGAAGAGUGGUCAGGAAGUCGGAAAUUAUGCCUGUGCAUAGGUCCUUUGUCCAGCCCUUUGGGACGUACUUCGCCAUGGGCACCUGUGUCUUGCUAAUUGCCCUCAACCUCGCGCAAGUCACCGUUGCUCCCCGUCAUGGGUUGAACCCUCGGAAUGGGAUUCCCGCCCAUGUCGCGCUUAACCUAUUUGGUCUUUUGUACGGCGGACAUCGAUUCAUAGUUGCCGUUCGGAAGAAGGCUGCUCAAUUGGAUUCGCCUGUGGUCGAAUAUCGGGGAGACGUGGACGUGGACGAGGAUCACCCCCAGGAGCAAGUCAUUGAAAUGGAAGAAGUGCAAGCGCAAAGGCCAGAGGAGAGUUCGACUACUCCUACGCCGAAUCCUGUCAUUUCUUGA